CCCCAAAGAAAGGCAACAAGCAACAAAACAGUUGCAGAAGCAAAAGAGCGUGGUAGAAAAAAACACAAGUGUCUCUGAAAAAUUUACAUGCAUGGAAGAGCAAGAGGAGAAUCGGAACAAGAGGAAAUUAGACAUUGACUGGGAGGAGGUACUUACAGCGGGAAACGACGACCCACCGGCUGAGCUCAUCGUGAAAAAGGAGGAACCGCCGUCGGCGCCUCCGAAAUCGACGACACUCCCUGGUUCCAGCGAUGACGCACUCGCAGGAGAUGAAUUUUAUCAGCAGAUCACCGAUCAUGAGCUCGAGACCAAGAUUACCAGUAUGAAAAAAACUUACGAAAACUUUAAUCGAACUUUGGCCGAUAAAGGUCAGAAGAUUCUGGAUAAAAUUAAGCGCCUAGAGGACGAGAAACAGCGAAGGAGGCUUCGUCGGGCGGAGAUGGAUUGUUUGGAUGUUGAUCGGUUCAAGAAGUCCUCAAAACCCACAAACUCAGGUGCUUCAGAUGGCUUGAUUCACGGGACCACAUCUUCUGAAGUCCAAUCGCAAUCCUCAUUUGCAACUGUUUUUAGUGAAAAGAUGGAAGAAAAAAGAGAUUGUAUGGUAGUGAAAGUAUUUGAUAAGGAAUUAUCAACCUUGGAUCAUUGUGGUCGCCGAAAAAUGAGAGCUGGUAGACAGUUAUCACAAAGGGAAAGAAAAGAUCGAUCAUCAUCAAGACAAUUUCCUGUUGAGUACCCUAGCAGUCUCUCUUGUAAAAUAGAUAAACCUGUUUACUCAAAUGGUGACCAUAAGGGCAGAGGUUCUACCACUUAUUCUUCUCUCCACACUGGGGAUAACCUGUCCAUCUGUUUUCCUAACAAGAAGGAUGCAUUUGAGGUUCUACGAUCAAAUAUUUCAAGGCAUAAAAAGGGACAGACCCUUGUGCUCCUGGAUGAGGAUGAAAUUGAAGAGUCAACUGUGGAAACUCCAUGUGUAGAGACAACAAAGCAAGCAGACAAGCUUGCUGAAUGUGAGAGGGAUGCUAAGAUUGACUACCCAUCGAAGGAUGACCCAGAAUCUGUUGAAAUUUAUUACAAGGAUAUAGAUCGCCUUGCUCCUGAAGCUUAUCUGACAUCUUCAAUUAUGAACUUCUACAUUCGGUAUUUACAGCAGCAAGCAUCCCCAGCAAAUAGGGCCAUAUGGGAUUGCCAUUUUUUCAACACAUAUUUUUACCAGAAACUCAAGGAGGCUGUAUCACGCAGGAGGGGUGAAAAGGAUUCUUUUAUCAAGUUCCGGAGGUGGUGGAAAGGUGUCAAUAUAUUUCAGAAGGCAUAUAUAUUUAUUCCUAUACAUGAAGAUCUUCAUUGGAGCUUGGUGAUUAUUUGUAUCCCGGAUGAGGAAGAUGAGUCAGGGCCAAUUUUACUUCAUUUGGAUUCAUUGGGUCUUCACUCUAGCCGAUCAAUUUUUGUUAACAUUAGAAGCUAUCUUAAAGAAGAAUGGAACUUUUUGAAUCAAGAAGCUUCUCCUUCAGAUAUUCCAAUUCCUGAAAGAAUAUGGAGACACCUUCCUCGUAGAAUUGUUGAGAAAAUAAUUGCGGUUCCCCAACAAAAAAAUGAUUAUGAUUGUGGUCUCUUUGUACUUUUCUUUAUGGAGCGCUUCAUUGAAGAGGCCCCAGAAAGGCUGAAGAAGAAAGACCUAGCAAUGUUUGGAAAGCGAUGGUUUAGACCUGAAGAGGCCUCGGGUUUGAGAGUAAAAAUACGGAAUUUACUUGAGAAAGAAUUUCAACUUGCCAGAGAGAGCUGUAGUAUUGUGGAAUCAUCCUCAUCUUCAGGUGGCGCUCUAGGCUGACACUGACAUAUUUUGCUGGUGGAUUUGGUGUGUUCUCAAUGUUUAGCCUGUAUAAAUGAUUCAAUUAUUUGGCUUCUCU